CGUAGGAGCGGUCGUUCCGCCGCCAUAAAUUAACUGGUUUUCAAAAACUGAAAAAUUUGCUGAGAAAAUUAAAAAUAGAAGAACAAAGUGAUGAGGAUGAUGAUGAUGAAGGUCAUCUCUACCGUACAUGGGCAAAUACCCAGAACGCGUUUACUUCAAUGGCGGUCUGCAACCCAUACUAUAUAUCAAUUACCAUCUUCAGAACCACCUGACCUUUCUGAAACCCUAGCCUCCACGCGCUCAGUGUUUUCAAACCCAUGCUUUAAUCUCCUCGUUUUGUGCAGGAACAUCGAUUCCCUCAAGAAAGUCCAUAGCUUGCUCGUCCUACACGGCCUCUCCGACGAUCUUCUUUGUCGUACUAAACUGAUUAGCUUAUACGGUUCAUUUGGGUACGUCAAAUGUGCCCGGUUGUUGUUCGAUCAAAUGCCAAGCCCGGAUUUUUAUUCGUGGAAGGUGAUGCUGAGGUGGUACUUUAUGCACAACUUGUAUGCAGAGGUUAUGGGGUUCUAUACCCGUAUGAGAAUAUGCGUCAGAGAACAUGACAACGUUGUUUUCUCGAUUGUUCUGAAGGCUUGUAGUGAAUUGCGGGACUUCAAUGAGGGGAGAAAGGUGCAUUGCCAGAUUGUUAAGGUGGCCAGUCCUGAUAGUUUUGUGUUGACGGGUUUGGUGGAUGUGUACGCAAAGUGUGGAUGGAUUGAGUGUUCUCGUGCGGUCUUUGAUGGAAUUGUUGAUAGAAAUGUGGUUUGCUGGACUUCAAUGAUUGUGGGGUAUGUGCAAAACGAUUGUCCCCAAGAUGGCUUGGUCUUGUUCAAUAGGAUGAGAGAGGAGUUGAUUAAAGGGAACCAAUUCACGUUAGGGAGCGUGCUUACGGCGUGUACAAAGUUAAGAGCUUUACAUCAGGGAAAGUGGAUUCAUGGACAUUUGAUUAAAACUGGUAUUGAAGCUAGCUCUUUCUUGGUGACAUCUCUUCUCGACAUGUAUGUCAAGUGUGGCAACAUCAGAGAUGCUCGUUCUAUAUUUGAUGAGCUCCCUGCAAUCGAUCUUGUAUCAUGGACAGCAAUGAUUGUUGGGUACACUCAAAGUGGGUGCCCAGAUGAGGCCUUGAAGUUGUUUACGGAUGAGAAAUGGGUUGGUCUCUUGCCCAAUUCUAUCACCACUGCAAGUGUGCUUUCAUCUUGUGCACAGUCAGGUAAUUUGAAUUUGGGAAGGUCAAUCCAUGGGCUUGGGAUUAAACUCGGGUUGGAAGACUCUACUGUCAGAAAUGCUCUAGUGGACAUGUAUGCAAAAUGUCAUAUGAUUGGUGAUGCUCGUUACAUCUUUGAAACAAUCUUGCACAAGAAUGUCAUUGCUUGGAAUUCAAUUAUUUCUGGGUAUUCCCAAAAUGGGUCGGCAUAUGAAGCCCUCCAACUGUUUCAUCAAAUGAGAUCAGAAUCCUUCUCGCAUGAUGCUUUCACAUUGGCAAGUGUCCUUUCAGCAUGUACUACCCUUGGUUUUCUUUCAGUAGGUUCUUCGCUUCACGCUCACUCGAUAAAGGAUGGCCUGCUAACUUCAAAUAUCUAUGUCGGCACUGCACUGUUAAACUUAUACGCCAAGUGCGGGGAUGCUGAAUCUGCUCGUCUAGUUUUUGAUGGAAUGGGAGUGAAGAACACAGUCACGUGGAGUGCAAUGAUUGGUGGUUAUGGAGUUCAGGGUGACAGCAGAGGUUCCCUAGCACUUUUUAGUGAUAUGUUGAAGAAGCAUUUAGAGCCCACCGAAGUAAUCUUCACGACAUUGUUAUCAGCUUGCAGCCAUACAGGAAUGGUUGAAGAAGGGCGGAGGUAUUUUAAUUCGCUGUCCCAGGACUAUAACUUCAAGCCCUCUAUGAAGCAUUAUGCAUGUAUGGUCGAUCUAUUGGCUCGUGCUGGCAAACUUGAAGAGGCCUUGGAGUUCAUCGAGAGAAUGCCAGUUCAGCCAGAUGUUAGUUUGUUUGGGGCAUUUCUCCACGGAUGUGGACUCUAUUCAAGAUUUGAUCUUGGCGAAGCCGCGAUAAGAAGAAUGCUAGAGUUGCAUCCUGAUGAGGCUUGCUACUAUGUGCUAAUGUCUAACCUGUAUGCUUCGGAUGGUAGAUGGAGCCAGGUUAAUCAGGUUAGAGAGUUAAUGAAGCAGAGAGGAUUGAGCAAGUCCCUUGCAUAUAGCCAAGUGGAGAUGGAUAUCAGAAAUGAUAUUGCACCUGUUAAAGUGGCAUGUGUUGGUUAAUCAUAUGGUACAUUAGGCAUGUCAUUACAGUGUGGAGGUGGUGAAGACUAAUGAGGUGUUGCACAAAUGCUGCUCAGACCUAAAUGUCACCGUUAAGGCCAUUUUGGGUUGCCUACAGAAAAGCAGUCGAGCUUUGCUGACAGUCAAUUUGCAUCGGUGCCCUGCUCCCUCUUGAUUUGGAUGCUUACGAUUUCAUUCGUGGGAGCUCCAUCCAAGGUUUGACGAAGGACAAAAUUUUUGAAGUCCUAAGAGGCAGGUGCUUUCUCUGCAACCUCAACAUGGUGUUUUUCUGGAUGAAACGUUCACGAGUAUUGCUAUAGAUGACUUAACAAGACUGGGUUACCAGAUCAAGCCAUGAAGCUUUAUGCUAAUGUUGAAGCAAAUACUUGAAGGCCAACGUACAAGAAGGCGUGCAGGUUGAGUGAGCCGAAUUAGCCUGGGAUCUGAGGGGGUUAUGGUAUGAAAUGUGGAUAUGCGAAUACUCUGUACCAGUUGACCACCAAAGAAAAAAGAAAAAGAAUACUAUGUAUGUACCAAGUGUUUAUAUAAUAGUUUCUUUUAAUCCAGAA